GUUCAUUCAUGCAGUAAUCGAGUCAUCAUCUUCAUUACUUCAAGAAAUAUCUUAGUACAUUCUUGUUCCGUUUUGAAAAUUUCAAAGUUAUGGAGAAACUUGUUCCUUGUAUUUCGAUUUGGGGGUUUGUUUUGUUGUUUACUUGUUUGUUUAUUGAGGAGAUCAACGCCCAAAAUUGGCUUAAUGGUCGCGCAACUUUUUAUGGAGUCAAUCAAGAUCCCAGCACCUUUGGUGGAGCUUGUGGUUACGAUAACCCGUAUCACGCCGGAUUUGGAGUACACACAGCAGCAUUGAGUAGUGCUUUGUUCAGAAAUGGUCAAGCAUGUGGUGCUUGCUACAGAGUGAGGUGCAACCGCAACCUUGAUCGCAAGUGGUGCCUCCCACACGGGGCCGUCACGGUGACGGCCACCAAUUUCUGCCCUCCAAACAACCACGGAGGGUGGUGCGAUGCACCGCGACAACACUUUGACAUGUCCAUGCCUGCUUUCCUUCGCAUUGCUCGACGUGGCAAUGAAGGCGUUGUUCCUAUCCUCUACACAAGGGUGGCAUGUAGGAGGAGGGGAGGAGUACGUUUCACUCUAAAAGGACAAGCAAAUUUUAACAUGGUGAUGAUAUCUAAUGUGGGUGGCAGUGGUGAUAUUAAGAGUGUUUCCAUUAGAGGCUCAAGAACAAGAAACUGGAUUCCCAUGUAUAGAAAUUGGGGUGUCAAUUGGCAAAGUCACAAUGACCUUCGAUCACAAAUGCUGUCGUUUAGACUCACUUUAGUUGAUGGCAAGACCAUGGAGUUCAUCAACGUUGUACCUUCUGCAUGGAGAUUUGGACAGACUUUUGCCUCACGCAGACAGUUCUAUUAAACUUAAUACCAUACUUGAAGUCUAAUUAGAAGCUUAUAUUUAACCUACAUAUUAUAAUUAUGCACGUUCAUGGCCUGAGCUUUUUUAGAUGGUUCAUGGACAUGCUAAGUUAUUCAAAAAAAAUUGUUAUAAUUUUUUACGCCUUACUUUGCAUGACGAUUUCAUUAUAUAUAUUGGAAUUAGUCUAUGCGAUGAAUAAUGUUUCAGGAUUUUUAAUGUAUUAAUGUCUCGCGAUGUAAUUGUCAGGCUCGAGAAUAUGAGAGCGUGACGAGCUUCGUAUAUUUACUAAUUUCAUUAAUUAAUGUAAUCUCGAGUCUCAAGAAUGAGCAAGGA